GAGAAUAUGUCCUAAAUGUCUUUUAUUUACCUUGCAUGGCCCUUGCUGCUCAAAAUAAAGCCACCUCCUAACCGCGGACCGGCAGCUAUAAAGAUCCAGGCCUGGUGGCGGGGCACACUACUGCGACGAACCCUGCUGCACGCGGCGCUCAGGGCAUGGAUCAUCCAGUGCUGGUGGAGGCAGACAAGAGCCAGGCUGCUGGAGAAGAGGCGGAGGGCGGUGCUAGAGUUGUAUGCACAGCAAACCAGAGCAUCUGUGAGGCUACAGUCUGGGUACCGAAUGUGGCGCAUCCGCCGGCGAUACUGUUGUUUGCUCAAGGCCAUCCGCAAAAUCCAGGUCUCUUGGCGCUGGCACAAUUGCCAUACCCGCGGUUUUAUGCAGGGCAGAUAUGAGCUCACAGGAAGCCACCUACAACUUCAGCUCGAUAUCUUCCUAGGUGCUCAGGUGUGUCGCAUUACAGACUGCAUCCCCUUUCCAAUAAAGGACUGACCAGGUCUGCUCCAAAUA